UAUUUCGGAUACGGAAGCAAUAUGUGGCAGUGGCAAAUGAGUCAACGAUGUCCAAAUUCCGUAUAUUUGGGGGUUGGGAGGCUCUACGGGUGGAGAUGGAUCAUCAACGAACGAGGUUAUGCCAAUGUCGUGGAACUAAAAGCGGGCAAGGAUAACCGUUCAGAUUCCACGAGCAUCCAAAAGCAAGGACGCGAAGGGAAGGAUGCGAAUGCUGCAGAUAAUUCUGUCUAUGGCCUUGUCUACACCCUUACCGAAUCAGACGAAGCAAACCUCGACUUGAUCGAAAGUGUGCCGCAGGCAUACACUAAAGAGACGCAUGAAGUCGAGUUGUGGCCGUCUCCUGGAAUGAGGAAACCAGUGAAUAUGGAUUUGGCCCCUCGAAAAGUUAUGAUGUUAACAUAUGUCGACCGUAAAAGAGUGACAGAAGCUAGACCACAAGACGAGUAUGUUUCUAGACUGAACACCGGACUGAUCGAUGCGCUCAAAGAAGGAGUUCCGAAAGAGUGGAUCGAUCGGGUGAUCAGAAUGUUCAUUCCUGAGACAAAAGAGGACGAU